UGGUGGUAAUAUGGUGGUGUGGUGUGGUACAACAGUGAAGGGUGUUGUUGAAGCAGUUUUAAUUUGGGCUGCUAUUGGGUUUAAGCUCAAUUGCAAACCAUUAUAGUUAUUACAUAAAGCGAUCCGAACCUGUUUCAGUUCUUGUUUUCCUUCACUUCACAAAUUUAAAAAAUGUUGGUGAGGCGUUUCUCAGUGAAAUCGCCGUUGAAUUGCGCUCUUCCCUCAACCGUAUUUCCACACUGGUUUUCAAGCUCCAAUGAAAACGAUGACGUACAAAAAGUGUUCGGCAUACUCAGCAGCACCUCCACGCCGGAGCAGCUGAAACAAUCCCUGAAAUCAAGCGGUGUUUUCCUCUCCAAUGAAUUGAUCGAUCAAGUUCUCAAGAGGGUUCGCUUCAGCCAUGGGAACCCCUCCCAAACGCUUGAGUUUUUUCGUUACACCGGAAGAAGGAAAGGGUUUUACCACACUGCGUUUUCCCUCGACACCAUGCUCUACAUUCUUGGAAGAAGCCGCAUGUUUGGUCACGUUUGGGACCUCUUAGUCGAAUGCCGUCGAAAAGACCAAACGGCCAUAACGGCUCGCACCGUUAUGGUCGUGUUGGCCAGAAUUGCCAAAGUGUGUUCAGUUCGACAAACGGUGGACUCGUUUAGAAAGUUCAGGAAGCUGGUGACUGAGUUUGAUACUAAUUGUUUCAAUGCUCUGUUGAGAACGCUGUGUCAGGAGAAGAGCAUGACUGAUGCUAGAAACGUUUACCAUAGUUUGAAGCAUCAGUUUCGCCCUAAUUUACAGACUUUUAACAUUCUUCUUUCCGGGUGGAAGACCCCUGAGGAUGCUGAGGGGUUCUUGAAGGAGAUGAAGGAAAUGGGGGUGACACCUGAUGUUGUUACAUACAAUAGUUUGGUGGAUGUUUACUGCAAGGGGAGGGAAAUUGAGAAGGCGUAUAAGGUGCUUGAGGAAAUGCGUGAACAGGAUUUGUCGCCGGAUGUGAUCACGUAUACAUGUAUCAUUGGUGGGUUAGGGUUGAUUGGGCAGCCUGAUAAAGCCAGAGAUGUUUUGAAGGAGAUGAAGGAGUAUGGGUGUUACCCUGAUGCUGCAGCCUACAAUGCUGCCAUCAGGAAUUUCUGCAUUGCAAAGAGGCUUGGUGAUGCUUAUGGUUUGGUGGAGGAGAUGGUGAGCAAGGGUUUGAGUCCGAAUGCAACUACUUACAAUUUGUUCUUUAGGGUAUUUUACUGGUCCAAUGAUUUGCAUAACUCUUGGACCAUGUACAAUAGGAUGAUGGUUGAGGGGUGCCUUCCGAAUACGCAGUCUUGUAUGUUCUUGAUAAGGUUGUUUAGAAAGUAUGAGAAGGUGGAUAUGGCGCUGCAGUUAUGGGGGAACAUGGUGGAAAAGGGUUUUGGGUCGUAUACCUUGGUUUCUGACGUGCUGUUUGACUUGCUUUGUGAUAUGGGGAAGUUGGAAGAAGCAGAGAAGUGCUUCUUGGAGAUGAUUGAAAAGGGGCAGAAACCGAGUAAUGUGUCGUUUAGAAGAAUUAAGGUUCUCAUGGAACUAGCGAAUAGACACGAGGCCCUUGAGAGCUUGACGCAGAAAAUAUCCAUAUUUGGGCGACCACUCCAAUUGCAUCAAAGUUCAAUGAGCAAAACUGAGACACCGGAUUCUCUCUUUACUAAUAGUUAGAACUGAUUGUGGCAAAAUGAAAGGAAGAUCAAGCGUCUUAAAUCUGUUACAGAAGUGGUUGGAACAUUCAAUUAUGCCUUUUAAUAUUAGUUUGAGACGUUUGCGAUAAGAGAGUUGAACAGUUAUUUACGUGGAGUCAGAAUAGCAAAGAUUGCACAUUCUAUGUACCGCAAGGUUAUUGGCUCCAUUGAGCGUUUUGAAAGACGCAGUUAGUGGCACUGAAAGGGGUGAACUGUGUGCAUUGUUGACAAAGCAGAACCAUGCUGGUGAAACGAUGUUUUAUGUUGUUACUGAAUGUGGUUAUGUUGAUAUGGUUAGGGAGAUGAUUCCAUAUUAUGGAUCUUGCUGGUUUUAUGUUGUUUGGAAUUAAGGCAAGGAAUGGUUUUAAUGCACUUCACACUGCUUCGAAACAAGGCGAUUUAGUUAUGCCUUCAAUGACUUUCUAUACUUGUUCUUUUGUGGCGUUUGAUCUUCCGAGGGAAUCUCAAUUUGUUUGUUUUCAGAUUCAUUGAUUUUUUUUCUAGCUCGUCCAGUAAUCAAUGCUCCAAUAGUGUAGGUUUUGGAUACCUUUAGUUCUAUAUUCUGGACUAUUUAAACCAAACCAAUUAAUAAUUCUUAGAUGCACUGAUUGUAAGAUCGGGAAAACUUGGCAUUUUAAAGUGAUA